AAGGAUGAUUCCCAGAGACUUCUGGAAAGCUUCAACUCUGAUGAAAGAGAGCACACACUCCUGAAAAGUCAAGCAGAACCAUAUACAUCAAAAGAGGAAAUUCUGCUGGAGGAAAGUGAGUCUCCUCUGAACAGUAACAUCACGGCAUUUGCAUUAAAGGCAAAAGUGAUCUAUCCCAUCAAUCAGAAAUUUAGGCCUUUGGCAGAUGGCUCAUCCAAUCCAUCUUUGCAUGAGAAUCCAAAGCAGGCAGUUCUGCCUAAUCAGGUCAUGGAGACAUCUAUGUCAGGCAGCCUGGGAUCCCUGAGCCAGGGAGACAAAGAGGACUGCAGUUCUUCCACAACAAUACAUUCCACAACAAGCGAUGAAAGAUUUCAGGCUCGAGCCUUCCUCAAGGUGACCAGCUUCCCUGAAGUGCUAACAUGUGAGAGCUUUGAUGUUAAGCUCUGCCUUUGCAGUCUUAUUUUAAAAGAUCUCAUGCUUCUUGAUACUGAACUCAGGAAAGAAAAACACGUGAUGUUUAUUCAGGUUCUCAAAAUAUACCUUGCAGACUUUUGUCAUAAAAAGAAGAUUACUGAUGAUUUGUUCAAGAAGAUCCUUUUAGUUCAAGAAAAUGAUUUUGAAGCAUUACAGAAACAACUUGACUCUAGACUCCAGAAUACUGAGAUGUCAGGAGCCCAUAAUUCAGAGUACCAGACUCUAGAAGACUUAGAAAGGAAAGAAAGAGAAUAUUCUGAGCACAUAAUAGAUAAUAUGGAAGCUUUCUGGAAGCAGACUGACAAAGCCCAGCAGGCUUUUUUGGACCAAUCAAAAUGCUCAAGUGCCAAAGCAACAAAGAUAACGAUGGAUCUGACUGAGAACAUGAUUGCAGUAGAACGCUUAUUAAGUGAAUCUCAAGAUUUGCGGGCAAUGGACAUUCAGGAAAGGUUAUUCAGCUGGGAGCUUAUGGUGAAAAUGAUUGAUUCACUGAAGUCCUAUAUACCAGAAGAGUGCAAGUGUAGAUUAAAUAUUGUAUCAAAUAUUCUGGACCAUUUAACUGUAAAGAAUAAUCUGUCAGUCCGACAAAAGGAAGAACUUUUAACGGAUCUGCACAAGGCGUUCUGGGAACAGCUGGCACAUUUCAGUAAUGAAUGUAUUCAGCAAAGUAAAGACCUGAUCUUGAAACAACUGGAGUGCCGUGCAAAGAGGAGAGAAGAGUUCAAACACAGACAGAAAGCUGAAGAAGGGAAUUUUCUCGGUAAAACUUUUCAUGUUGAAGGUGUUCAAUGUUUUCUUAAGGUGAGCAUGUAA